UUAAUGUCCGUCCUUUCGUUUUGAUAAUAAGAUGUGAAAUUACAAAGUAUCUGACAUGUGUCGUAGUGCAUAAUGUGCCCUUAUAGUUUUUAAAAUUCGAAUUUUAUAUGUUAAUAAUACUAUAAUAUUUGUCGAAGGUUUAUUCUAUAAGCAUGAAAUUGGAAAACGUCAUGGUAAAGAAAUUUGCAAUUCUGACUGACCUGCUUAUUAAGCAUGUUUUCAUCUGUAGAAAAGUAAAGUCUCAACUUCAAUAAGUAAAAAAAAAUAGUGGUUUUAAGAUGAAUCAAAAUCCUGGAAAUAAGCUUUCUUCUCGAGAUCGCACAGAGCUGGAGAAAUAUGUCAGAUUUCUUGUUUUUAAAAUGUCACAAGUGAUUGUCCAGUCUCGCUUCGGUGAAAAACGCAGAGCAUGGAUAAAAAAGAAGUCCAUAUUUCAUGAAUGGUUUAACUUAGCCAUUGAAGAUAAUAUGGAAAUUCAAGCAAAAGCAAAAGAAGCUUACAGCAGCAUAGUGCCAUUAAAAGAUUUUUGUAUAUGUACUGAAAUACUAUUAAAAACUGCUGAUGGUGAUACUCUGGUUUUGGAAACAUGGUGUUUGAAAAUGAAUACAUCAGAUUUCUUUUGUGAUUCUCCCUAUGUGUCAUAUACAAGCUUAGCAUCUGUAUAUUGUCGAAUGACUUUGCUUUUAAAAUCUGUGAUUGCUGUUACGCGGAUAACUCCUGCUUUCAAGUUAUCUUCUCGCCAAAGUGCAGAUACUUAUGUGAUACUAUAUCGAAUCUAUUCGGGUGACCCGCAGGUUCAUCAAUUAGGAGAGCACUAUCAAGGUAGUAAAAUUGGUGAAGUUUUAACACCUGUUGGAACAAUAAGAAUGUCUGUUUCCUAUCGAUCAAAAGAUGAUAUGACUAUUACUCCUCAAAAAGUUGAAAAAGGAAGUCCUUUCAUGGUAAAAAGUGAUUACUUUAUGCCAGAUAUGAGCCCACAAAAAAUGUGUUCUGCAGGAGGCAGAGCUGAUCAAAAAUAUUUAGAUGAGCCGUAUACUUUAGAAAAUGGCACACAUUUUAACAACUCAAACAGCCCAUUAAAUAUCUGCUGCUGUGGAAGGCGUCUCAUUUCUUCAAAAUCAGCAAUGGAUAGUGAGAAAGAGUUACAAAACAAUAGUGGAGAAUACAACAAAACUUGUUUCAACUGUCAAAAAAGCCCAAAUGAAUUCAGAAAUAUUGGAGCAUUUGCACCAUCAAAUAGUCUACCUGAUACUCUUUUCCCAGAACUGGCAAUGCUUGAAAAACCAUUUUUAAAUUUAUCAAGGAGCAAACUGAAUCGCUCUGAAAACAGAGAAAAAGAAAAUGAGCCAACAAAAAAUUCUGAUAAUAAUGCUAAUUUAAAUAUGAUUGACAACAAGAAAGCUGGAAAUGAAGUAGAUUUUAACUGUAAUGCAAAUGAAAAGAGUGGACAAAAACUUAGUAGCAGUGAUGAUUCAGACUGUGGAGAUUUUGUUAUGGUAGAGAUGAAACCUCCAUUUGCUGAUUGUGGUGGUGAUAAUGACCUUGGGGCAUUUUUUCGUGAAUGCCAAAGUGCUCCUCCCUUAGUUUCUUUUGCUAGUCAGCCAACAUUAGAAGAGCAAGUUACAGAUAUUGCCAGUCAAUUAGCAAAAUUUGAAACAAGUAUGAAUGACUUCGAUAAUUUUGUAGACUCAAUAUGCCAUGUGGAAGCAGAGAAGUAAUGCAACAGUAUUUAACAAGUUAUCUUGCCUAUCUGAUCAUUCAUAUUUUAUUAAUGUUCUUAAUAGUGAAUUCAUGAUCUCACUGCAUGGGAUGGGUGGAGUUAAAAAAAUAGUAAGAAAUAUGUCAUGCCUGUAUGAUGAAAAGUUUUCUUGCAAAGUUGGUUGGUUCUGUUGAGUUUAUUGGAGCAAGAGCCUGAGUAGGCUAUUAUAUACUAUGUAUCAUACAAAUUUAUAAUUUUGGCUGCUAAAAAAACUUUUAAAUAUACAGCGUAAUUUCUUACCUAUUUGGCAGAAAGAAAAUGGUAAAAUAUAAUAAUUCUCAUUUGAAACUAUGACUGGUUAAAAUCAAUCUUUAGAGUAAUAAAUAAACAAUGGAUAGUUAGUUGCAUGACCUUGGCAAUUGUUGGAUUGUGUUUGAAUGUGCAUUGAGCGGGCACAUAUUGUAUGGUCUUCUGACAAAAGUUUUCUAUGCGUUCACUGCUAUCAACUGCCUUCUUUGUUUGCAUUGUUUGUCUUUAUAUUAUUACAGCAUUUUAUUUAGUUCAUGUUAACCAAUUGCCUUCUCCAACUUUUUUAAUGCAAACUAAAUCACAAGCCUUGUAUCGUGUUUGGUGUGUGCCUAAAAUCUUUUAAAGAUAAUAUUUUACCUAUGUAUGCAGAUGUUAUAACACACUGCGUUUAGAAAUUGCAAUUUUAAAAGGAAAUAUACAAGAAGCAGCUUUUGCUGGUAUGUAUUCCCAUUUAAUAAAAUAUCUUCAAUAUUUAUGAAGGAAAUUUAAUUUCCUAUUAUAUCUGAGUAACAGUUAAAACAUAAGGUAACAGAAUAUCGUAAAAAAUAUAAUAUAAAGAAACCUUUUAAAAGACAGGGUGUACUAUUUUUUUUUGAAAAAUGUUGUUUUAAAAAAUUAGCUGAGGAAAAUCUUUUUUUUUGGAGACAGUAAACCUGUAAAGUUGACCACUAUUUUCAAGCACAGAAUUAAAUCUUAUCAUAUAAUUCAACCUCUAUAAGUUGACCACUAAAGUAGUGCACUGCAAGUGGUCAACUUACACAGGUUUCACUGUACUUCAUUAUGUAAAUUCAAACUUUUGAAUUUAUAGUUGCAAGAAGUAAAAAUUUU